GUCACCAUGACAACCGCCUCCUCCUCCCGUCACUACUGCGCGCCGCCGCCCUCCUCCUGUCGUCAUCACGGCGCGCCGAGCCGAGCCUGCUGCCAUGGCGACGCGGGCUGAGGUGCGGGGCAUUAUUUACAGCAGGAUCCGUCCUGAUGCAGGGGACCAGUCCGAGCUUCAGCUCCCUGAAGGCAAGAAAUCGGCAGAGUUCAUCGCAUCCUUUGUCAGAUCCAGUUUACCCCAGUUGAGUCAGAAGGAAACGCAUCAUUAUUUGUAUAAAAAUCUUACCCUUGUUGGGACCACAAAAAGGAACAAGAAAAAGAAGGGGAAGACAAAGUGUCUGUCUGCUAAAGAGAGGCGGGAAUUGAGGCUAUUUGAGCUAAACCCUGAACAACAAAGGUAUGAAUUGUUCCUCCCUUUGCAUGAGCUGUGGAAACAAUACAUUCGAGAUCUAUGCAAUGGCUUGAAGCCUCAAACGUCUACGAAUGUAAUCCAGACAAAGUUGAUGAAGGCAGACUUUCAUGGAGCCAUUGUGACAGUGGUGAAGUCCAAAUGUCCCUCUUAUGUCGGCAUUACUGGAAUUAUCCUGCAGGAAAUGAAACAUAUAUUCAAGAUUAUCACGGUGGAAAAUCAGAUUAAAGUUAUUCCAAAGCAAAACAACAUCUUCAGUGUGGAGAUCGACGGUUUUGUCUCCCAUAUCUACGGCAACAUGUUUCAGCUGAGAUCAAGUGAGCGGUCUGUGAAGAAGUUUAAAGGGAAAGGAAGCAUAGACCUCUGAGUCAAGGAUAUUGCCCCUGGCAUGCUUCACCAACUAUAGUACUGACAAGUGUGGGAGGGAACUGCAGAUGCUGGUUUACACCGGAGAUAGACACACAAUGGUGGAGUAACUCAACGGGUCAGGCAGCAUCUCUGGAUAGAAGGAAUGGGUGACGUUUCGGGUUGUGACCCUUCUUCAGACUGAAAAUGAAGAAGACAUUGCAUUUUGUGUUUAUAUCUUCGCAGUACUGACAUCUUGAUUCAAGUUUGCAAAAAGCAAUGAGAUCCUGCAUGCCCUGCGCAACCAGUUUGAACAUCCUUCUCUCCAGAGAUGCUGCCUGUCCCGCUGUUACUGCAGCAUUUUGUCUACCUUCAGUUUGAACAUGAACCGUGCGAGGUCUUUAAUCCCAGGAGGAUGAUCCGGCAAACCCUCACAUUCAAAUACUGACCAAUGUCAACAUUUGCCACGGCAUUAGGUAACUAAUAAAUCAAAACAUGUUGCAUAACUCAUUAUCACUUAGCCCACAGCCAACAAUGGACUCAUGUGGGCUCCAUCUUUCCAUGAUCAUUAUUACUUUUUGCAUCUUUCAUUCAUUUCUUCUAUAUCUCUAUAUCACUGUCCAUAUCUCUCAUUUUUCUUUCAUAAGGUCAUAGGAAUAGUAGAAUUAGGCCAUUUGGCCCAUCGAGUCUACUCCGCCAUUCAAUCAUGGCUGAUCUAUCUUUCUCCUAACUCCAUAACCUCGGACAUCCGUACUAAUCAAGAAUCGAUCUAUCUCUGCCUAUCCCCUGGCUCUCAGUUUGAAGAAGGUUCUCGACCCGAUACAUCACCUAUUCCUUUUGCUAUCUGACACGCUGAGUUACUCCAUCAUUUUGUGUCUGUGUUGAUCCAUUAGUUGCAUCGUGAUCUAUUAGCUUUUCAGACCAUGAAUUAAUGCAGAUUGUAAUUUUUUUUCACCCCUGUGUUCUCAGUAAAGUUUGUUGCAAUAAAGUGGUUAUAUUGGCAGCUUGAGUAACUCACAUUCACGUAUCUUUAGCAAAUAUGUAUGUCCCCUUGUGUUUCAUUAUUAUGUUUUGGAAAAUUUGGAGCUGGUGAAUCUGUGAUGAAUGCACAAUCUUCUCUGAACAAACAUGGUUCCAUGCAAAACCAGGGAAGACUUCAUGUUUAAGAAGGAACUGCAGAUGCUGGAAAAUCGAAGGUAGACAAAAAUGCUGGAGAAACUCAGCGGGUGCAGCAGCAUCUAUGGAGCGAAGGAAAUAGGCAACGUUUCGGGCCAAAACCCAAAGGGUUUCGUCCCGAAACUUUGCCUAUUUCCUUCGCUCCAUAGAUGCUGCUGCACCCGCUGAGUUUCUCCAGCAUUUUUGUCUACCAGGGAAGACUUCAAAUAUAUAUCAUGUUCCCCUCUAUCAACACCCUCACCAAUGGAGAUGAUGUGGUCUGUUACAUCAGUGACAUUAGAAAACGAUUUACAAAAUGGUUGUAUUGUCAGUUGAGGAUUGAUCCUUCUUGAGCACUGUUUAAUUUCUCUUCCUGUAAAGAUGUUGAGCUUAUCCCUUCAAUAAAAUCUCCAUUAUUAUUUCCA